AUGUCCAGACGGGAUCUCGGCAGCUUCUCACAAACAGCUGGCUUUUACACUGAGUCGAUCUCACCCGAGGGUGUGAGUCGUGUCUGGGGAAACUUCCUCAUGUAUACUGAGGCCCAGGUGAGUGGUGGCACAUCUUAAAUUAGCUUCUCUGGAGUUGAAAUGCUUUCCACUUCCUCCCUCUCUGCUUCUUCGAUUGCAGCACCGCAGCAGUGCAGAUCCAUGCAGGUCUUAAUUCAAAAGCUUGUCCUUCAGUAGACUGUCAAGGUAUGGCUGUUGCUGUUUGCCUCUGCACCUGUUUAGUGACUUUGGCCCAUAACUGUGCCCAUAAUUGGUCAAAGGCCCUCUCGAUGCACUCCUCGUGCAAGGCCCAGCUCUCAGAUGUUGCCAUGGUGGUCAUCUUAGCUUGGAGGCCACAUGUAUUCAGCCCAAUAGAUUUUUGUCACUGGACACUAUUAUGUACCUGUCGCUAUGCUGUUGUCAAGUAAGCACUCAGUGGGGACAGGAAAUAACCCACCAGUUGAAGGGGGGGAAGCAGGGUUUUAAACAACUCGUUGAGAGAUGCGAGCUCAGAGUCGGGAAAUCGGCUGCCUCUCCUAGCUACAAGGCGCCUCUCUCAGGAGGAGUAUCUGUGUGUUGGCACUCUGUAUUAACAGCACCUUGACCGGCUGCAGAGGUUUUUAUGUCUCUAUUAAUGUUGAAUAGGUGAUUUAGGAGUGUAGUUGUUGGUUAAAUAAUCAAAUCGAGUGAGGAGCUCUCAUGAAGUCCAACUAACCACCAUAAAGCACAGGCCCUGCGUCAACAUUAAAUUCCUUAAUGUAACUCCUACACUUCCUUAACACUUGUAGUACCCAUAAACCUAUCAUUAGCCACAACACCAAUCCUAACGCUAACCUCUACCUUAACUCUUACGCUAACACUAACUCUAAUAUUAACAUGGAUGCAUUACUGCAUAUAACUUGUUAUGCCUUCACUACAGAUAAAAUCUUAUGAGCAUAUAAUGCUUUUUUAUAUAUAUAUACACAAUGCAUAGUUCAUAAUGCAUUUGCACACAGGCCUGUAUGCCCCUUGGCAAAAUAUUAGCGUUUAAAAAUAGUUAUAACUGAUUUAAACUGUAUGUUAAAUGCACACUCUUCCUCCUGAGCACAUUCCAAUGCAAGACAAUAGGAACAAUAUGUACAUGUUCCCCUUUUCUACAAUUAAAACAUUCAAUAUCUUUUAAGCACUGUGCCAUCUAUCCUAUUUAUUAUCUUACUUUACUUCUGGAGGGAACCAAGUUUGUUGCAGAAAUCUUAAUUAAUUAUUUUUUUGCCUGCAGUGAACAGAUGUGCUUUAAUGUGUUUUUUUUUUAAUGUAGUGUGCAGACACAUUUUUAAGCAUCUGUGGGUAGUAAAAUUCUUAACCUUUAAGAAGUAACUAUCAAGGAAAUGGGGAACACAAUUUUUACAAUAAUCAUGACUUAUUUUAAUGACAAUUGCAAGCAUUUAUUUUCCAUUUCUAAGUUUUGUAGACCCAAGAGGCAUGUUGUAGUAAAUAGAUAAAAGCAAGGUUAUGUUAAUCUAGUAAACAAUUGUAAAGAAAUUAAAUGGAAGACAAUAUUCCUGCUAAAAUUAUACAAGGUUGUCAUAUGCACUUUUGUAGAUGAGAUAAAGAAAAUUAGUGUAAAUUGCAUACAAUGUGAUAAGCUCCUUUCCACGUGGUACAAAACCAUGGAAUUAUUACAAAGGAUAGUCCCAGAUGUCCCAAAUACUUGAUGCAGGAAAGGUGUUGGAACAACCAGGCAUAUCUGGUGGGAUUGUCCUCGCAUAGUUAUUUUGGGACAUGAUCAGGGCCAAAAUAGCAGACAUACUGGGUGAAACGCUCCAGCUCACUAUGUAACAAGCAUUACUACAUUACACUUCCCUCUUGAUCUCUCGAAACAGAUGGUCCAUACUGAGACACCUUCUCAAUGCAGCUAAAGCCCUGGUGCCUGCGCUCUGGAAGCAGAUAUGCACUCCCACACUUGAACAAUGGUAUGACAGAAUAGAGGACAUUCAGUCCGCAGAGUCGCUCCAAGCCUUACUGACUGGCACUUAUGCAAAUCACGCCGAGAUGGUUUCAGUUUGUUGCGGGGAGUUGGGAGCAGGCCGGUAA